GACCCCGCCCCGGGAACGUCCCGGGGUCUGGAACGCAAAAGCCGAGUCUGGCCCGGGGCCUGAACCCGGACCCCAGCCCUGUCCAGCCCAGUUCCCGGGGGAGCCAGGAGAGGACUGUUUCCGAGCUGCCCCUUUGAGGGGGGCAGGGGUUGAGUUCGAGCCCGGGGAGACGGGAGGGGUGGGCGAGAGAGCUUGCUCGCAGGGCCCCCCCCCAACCUGCCAGCAGUUCAUCAAGCCCCUCCUUCGUGCCAGGCACCGUACUGAGCCCCUCCUGGGGAUGCCUGCCCUCAGGGAGCUUACCCCGGUUCUGCUGCGUGGAGGAGGGGGCGGUCUGUGUGUGCCCUCGGGGUAAACGGAUGUCUUUCUCAGACCCAGUGAGAAUUCCAGCCAUGGAACCACCUGAUACCACCCUCAUUGAAGGCGUGGGCAAUGAGGUGACGGUGGUGGUGGGUGUGGUGGUGCUGGUGUUGGCCCUCAUACUGGCCUGGCUCUCCACCUACGUGGCAGAUGCUGGCAGUAGCCAGCUCCUGGGCACCAUUGUGGCAGCUGGUGACACCUCUGUGCUCCGUCUUGGUCACGUGGAACACCUGGUCGGGGGGCCGGGCACCUCGGAGCCAGCUGAGCCCACCCAUCUUGAAGAGGGUACUGAGGAGAAAGCUGAGGAGGAAGGUGGGGGGGACUCAGCAGGUGAGCCUGGUGCUGGGGGUGGGGUUGAGCCAGGCCUCGACCACCUGCUUGACAUACAGGGGCUGCCUAAUCGGGCAGCUAGUGGUGGGGGCAGCAGUCCAGAAGCCUCCCUGAGGUCUGAGGGUAGCACCCACCUUCUGCCUAACCCUGGCCUCAUCAACGUUCGACUCAAAUUCCUCAAUGACACAGAGGAGCUGGCUGUGGCCAGGCCUGAGGACACCGUGGGCACCCUUAAGAGCAAAUACUUUCCUGGGCAGGAGAGUCAGAUGAAACUGAUUUACCAAGGCCGCCUGCUACAGGAUCCGGCUCAAACCCUGCGCUCCCUAAACAUCACUGACAACUGUGUAAUCCACUGUCACCGAUCACCCCCAGGGCCAGCAGCGUCCGGCCCCUCUGCAUUGCCCGCUUCUCCCACCACAGAGCCGCCGGGUCUCAGCGUCAAUGUGGGAAGCCUCAUGGUGCCGGUAUUUGUGGUGCUGCUGGGUGUAGUUUGGUACUUCCGUAUCAACUACCGACAGUUCUUCACAGCACCUGCCACUGUCUCUUUGGUAGGGGUCACUGUAUUCUUCAGCUUCCUGGUUUUUGGGAUGUAUGGACGAUAAAGACACCAUGGGGGUGGGAAGAAGACCCAGUCUUCCUUCCCCUCCCUAUUUCCCUGCCCAGAGUUGGGUGCCAAGGACCCCAGGGCCUGGGAUGGUCGGGAAAAGGGAUGUGGGCCCUCCAUGGGAGGUAGGCAUGUGGCCUCUUCCAUGCUCUCAACUCUACCCCAAGCAGGGUGACCAUACCCCUUUCCCUGCCCAUUAACAACUCUCAGGUAGAAAUGAGGACUCCACCCCACCCUGCCAGACACACACCCAUGAUGCCAGUGUGAGUGAUUGUCCUCCCCUUGGGUGGGCUCUGUGCUAAUGGUCCCACUUGGUAGAGGUGCAGGCUCUUAGGUGACCCUAGAAUAUAAGGGGGCCCCCUGCCAGCUGCCCCCAUCUCUUUUGUGUCACCAGCUUUGCACACACUGGAGCCCCUGGCCUGUCCAGCUUCCUGCAUGGCUGCUCUCUAUAUUGGGCAGCCAACUAGGGGAGCAUAGCAGUAUCCACAGCAUGCUUCUGUCAGGGGCAACAGGGCCCCUGUGCCUAGUCGUCAGCCAAACCACCUCCUCUUGUUUCCACGGUCAAGUCCUUAAGUUUCUUUAUAAGAUGACCAAAUCUAGUCUGCUUCAGGAAGGGGGUGGGCAGGGCCAAGGUACUUCAUUGGACCAGCUCUUCCCUUCAGCUCCUUGGCCCCCAAGUAGUGAUAGUAGGAUGGUUUCUCAUGUUCUGGAAUUUCCAAGGUUUUCCCCUUUUCUAGAGCACUUUGCUUGCAUACUUGUUUUUUUACAAAGCCCUUUAGAGUUGAGACAGAUCUCUGGGAGUCAGAGGUGAGACCUUAGGAUCAAGAAGUGCAGGGGUAGGGCUAGGACUGCUACUGCCUCAAAUCCAUGGCCAGGACACCAUGAAGAAAUGUCUGCACUAUUAUGCCCUCUGUGGUUGAAAUAACUGCCCUUGUGGCAUGGAGACUUCUGCCCCUAUGGCUCCUGACUCGAUGGCCACUGCCUGUGAUUGAAUAAAGUUUUGCUUUUGUGGCCAGCCUUGGUCACUCAAAA